CUUUCUCCUCUGCAUCCACGAUGUCUCCUAGCGCCCUUCUAUUCUCGACGUUCGAGGUCACAUCUCAGGCUUUCUACAGAAACGCGCUAAGCUAUGCUAUUGUCAAUCUCAAACCCAUAGUACCGGGACACGUCCUGGUCAUACCGACGAGACCUGUACCUCGUCUAGCUGACCUUAACGACACCGAGCUUGGUUCGCUCAUGCGUUCCGUUAGCCGCGUCGGAAACGUCAUUGAACGCGUUUACGGAGCGGAUGCAUUGACGAUUGCUUGUCAGGACGGUAAAGCAGCGGGGCAAUCUGUUCCUCACGUCCACUUUCACAUUCUCCCGCGUAAACUCCAAGGGGACCGCUUCUCAGAAAACAACGACGCCAUCUAUCCAGAACUCGAGAAAGCAGAAGCGGGCCUCUCUUCAGACAUGCGUCAAACAACACAAGAUUACCAGCCUCUUAAAGUCGAUGCUGACGAUGCUCGACCCCCACGGACGAUGGAGGAGAUGGUCAAAGAGGCCAAUUGGCUCAAGGGAUUCUUCGAUAAGGACGAAAUUGGGUGCGACGUCGACUAGACUAUUCCCUUCAACGAUUCACCAUAUCGACUUUGGAGUCAUUACCACAUAUCUCUAAAAGAUCUAACCGGUACAAUAGAUGAUAAAAAUACACUAGAUGGUUACAUACUACUCAACUUUAUCCCACAAGACCCAGCAGGCAUACGGAUAUACGGCCCCGGGAAGGCCUUUUGUUUCUUCUCUCUCACCCUCUUGAACUGCAAAUCAACUUACUUGGGCGUGUAAGUAGUGAAUGUGUUGUGCAAUCCGACGGUAUCAUCAGUACCAGUAACAGGUGUACUGGAGUUGGUAUAGCUGGCCCUUUCCCUGUCCACGCUGCCGUUCACGCCGUUUGCGCCCUUGUGCUCCAAGCAAGCUGUGUCGAGCUGUAGUUUCCCCCGCGCAUUAUCCGCACGGAGGAACUCGACGUGUUGCAAGUAUUCCUCGUCG